UGUUCUGCCUGUCUCUGCUAGACCAAAGAGCCCUUCCAUACCCAGGAUUUCCUUCCCAUCGACCAUAGUCAAAUCACCUCUUGAUCUUCUUUUUGAUGAGCUGAACAUAUCAAGCUCCUUAAAUCUCUCACUGUAAUGCAAUUUUCCAGCCCUCAUAUCAUUUUUGUGGCUCUUCUCUGCACCCUCUCUGGCUUUUCAGCAUUGUUUUUAAAAUGUGGGCACCAGGACUGGCUCCGGGAUUCCAGUGUUGUCUCACCACCAUCGAAUACAGAGGGCCAGCUAAGGUGACGGGAGACAUGGCCUCGGGAGACAUGCUUUUUCUGCAAGGGGACGCUUCCCCCUGGAUCUCGGGUGAAGUCAGCUGCUAUGGAGAAACAGGUCAGCCGGUGAACAUGGAGACUACGUCUAACCCUGCAGCAGUUGCAGAAUUGCUCUUGGUCCAGUCGUCAGAGGAGUCAUGGGAGAGCGCUGCCGUCAGCAGCAAGAGCCGAUGCUCCGAGGAGCAUGUACUGACCUGCACGUUUGAAGCCUGUGACCUGGAACAAACAGGACAGGUGUCUGUUUUCCGUAUUAUCGAGUACUUACAGUCGGUAACAGGGCAAAGCUGUGAGGAAGGGAGACUGCAGUUGCUUUACAAAAUGCUGGACCCAGAAGAGAGGGGCGUCGCUGUGGAUUUACCGACCUUCCAUGCUGUCAUGAAGAACUGGAUUUCAGAUUGUCGGCAGGAUAGGGGAUUAGACAGCACGAAGGAACAAGACAAAUUUGUGGACAAUAUGUGCCUGUGGCCAUCUGGGGGGAGGAGGCCUGUCUCUAGUGCUGCUCAGUUAGAAGGAUAUGGCGGGGAUGUUAGCAGCGUAAACUCGGAAGAAGCUGCCGCCUUGAUAAGCAGCAUUGAAGACCUGGAGUACGGGAACAAAAAGUUGGCCGUGCAGAAUGCCAAGCUGCAGAGGACCAUCGAGUCAGCUGAGGAACUCAACUCCCGCCUCACCGAAGAGCUCUCCCAGCUGCAAGGCAGACUGAGAAGCACGCAACAGGCCCUGGAACAGGCUAAGUCAGUGACUGAUGAACUAGAAGACCUGAAGGCUAUUGCAAAAAGUCUGGAAGAGGAGAAGGGCAAAUACUACUCACAAGCCCGGCAGCUGGAGAAGGAACAGCUGUGCCUCUCUCUACAAGUGGACUGUCUUCAAGAGGAGAACAGGAAGCUGCUCACAGAGAGAGACAGAGUAAAGCAGAAGGUUGCAGGGCUGGUUGCUGAGAAGGCAGAUCUGAAGGCCCAGCUCUGUGAAUAUGAAACUCUCCUCUCCUGCAAAGACACUGCCCUUACUGAGAAAACAAACCAUGCGGAAGAACUGACAGCGAUGCUGGCGGAGUACAGGACAGUGGUGCAGGAGCUGAGACUGGAAACAAGCCAGCUUCAGGAGCAGCUGUGUCAAACCACCGAAGACCUGGCCAUGCUGCCGAAGGAGCUGCCCCACGAGCUUAAACCCCAUGUUCAGCUUCCCGCACAGACACUCUGCGUGGAGAUAGAAGAGAUCCAGCAGGGACGAAAGGCUGAGGCCCGUCUGCCGAGCCCACUGUGCGGGAUGUGGCCUGGCUCAGGAGCUCCUGUGUCGGCACAGCUGCUUGUGGGGAUGAGCCCCGUGGAUGUCAGGGCGGUGGCAGAGGAACAGGAUGUGGGCGCGGCCAAUUGCACCCCAGCAUGGCUGGCUCAGCCGAGCGCCGCCGGGGAAGCCAAAGCCCUGGCUGAGCAGCAGCAGCGACUGAUGCCAGAGAUGCCAGAAAGCACAGAGGAGAGGAGAGACUGGCGCUGCCCCACCAAGGAAGAGUUGUGUGCGCAUGGUGCAGAGGAGCAACUUAAACUCGCCACGGGGACCAGCGAAGAGCACAGCUGCUUAUCCUGUGUGGAGACCCAUGUGCUUCCUUGGCCGGAAGGGAAGGCAGCAAAGCCUAUCUGUCUGGAGGCCGGGCCCACAGACACUCUAUUGUCCAGCCCAGCAGAGAGGAGCCCUGUGGGAGGCCUGCCGCAAGGUGCACUCGUCCCCGUGCAGAACCAGCUGUCCCCUGUGAAACAGAAGCAGCCGCACAACUGCUGGCUUGAAACCUUAGCCCCAUGGUUUCGCUCGGGCCUGAUAUUCCUUCUGCAUCAGCCACAGCCCCACCUCCUUCCCAGCCGCCUGCUGCUGGCCCUGCUUGUGACACUCCUGCUGCUGCCAGCGCUGUGCUAUCUGGUGCUGCCCAGCUGGACCAUGGCCACAGGGCUGGCGUGGCCACACCUCCAGCUGCGGUACCUCAGGCCCCCACCUGUGUGACCCCUUCCCACCCACAUGGGAAAGCGGCUCGUUGGGGGCCCGGGAAGGACCAUUUUAAGCUGCUGUGAGCAACUCUGACUUGAAGGCAAAUAAAGACAGUUUGGGCUGAUGACCCAGGAGCGCAGCUAUCAGUGCAAGGUCAGCCUGAGCCGUCACGGUCCUGUGGGUCCCCUCCCGCAGGGGCCCUUGUUCCUGGUCACCUGAGGUCCCUUCUGUGGUGCUCUGACAGCUCUGAGUGGCCUACGGGGCUUGCUGCCAGCCCUUGGCAUAGGGGGUGGGGCAGGGGUGUGGCCAGGGUUCCCUGCAUGGUGACUAUUCCCUGCCCGUGCAGCACAGCAGGGGCUUGGCUGAACAGGCUGUGGCUGGAAUGUCCUGGCUCAUGGUGAUUCUGCCCCGCAGGCUGCUGAGGGGGCAGACUGGGGGCAUGGCUGGGGGGCACUGGGCUGUGCGAUUCUCUACCCCCAGGGCCCAUCAGGGGCAGAGCAGGGUGCUGUGGCUACUCCUCAGGGCCAGUGGGAAUAAGUUAGGGCAGAUCUAGGGC